AUGAAGAUCCAGGUAACCAUACAGACUCUAAACCUCUUGAAGUCAACAGGAAUCUCUGCAGAAUUUGAAUACUAUCCAAAGAUCCGUAAUGACAGCAGUCAAAGCAAUGGUGCUCACGGCCACUCGGAUAAAGCAAGAGAAGAGUAUUAUGCCAUGAAGAUACUGGACAAACAGAAGGCCGUCAAACUGAAGCAGAUAGAACACACACUGAAUGGAAGAAUAUUACAGGCAGUGAACUUUCCCUUCCAUGUAAAACUGGAGUGUUCCUUUAGGGACAGUUCUCAUUUAUACAUGAUAAUGGAGUAUGUUCCUGGUGGUGAAAUGUUCUCACAUUUGAGAAGAAUCAGAAGGUUCAGUAAACCACACGCACAGUUUCAUACAGCUCAGAUGGUGCUAAUAUUUGAUUAUCUCCAUUCAUUAGACUUCAUCUACAGAGAUCUAAAGCCUGAAGAUCUUUAGCAAGGAUACAUCCAGGCCACAGACUAUGGCUUUGCAAAAAGAGUAAAAGCAAGAACUUGGACGUUAUGUGGUUCUCCAGAAUACCUGGCACCUGAAAUAACUCUCAGCAAGGCUUACAACAGGGCAAUUGAUUGGUGGCCAUUAGGAAUGUUAGUCUAUGAAAUGGCAGCUGAACAUCCCCCAUUUUUGGCAGAUGAACUCAGAAGCACCAUGGAGGAGAGAAAGGAAGGGUGGAUCAGGGCUCUCCCACUCUGGGCACACAGAUGGUCACGUACUGGUUCAGGCUGUGACCUGGCAAUUCCACUUCACUUCCCAAGAUGAGUUUCUGAUUUUUUUUUGUACCUUUUUGUGCCACUAAUGGAACAGUGGUGACAGAAACAUCCACAAGGCCGAAAGACAUUCUAUUUUCUUACUUUCUGAAUCAGAAGAAUCAACUAACAGACUGAGAGCAGACAGUACCUGUCAGUACUUGCAGGAUAUUGGAGUCAGUGAGUGGCUAGUAAGCAGGACUUGAGACAGUAUCACUCUGAAGGACACCUGGUAUCAAACUAAAUGAAGUUCUGUCCAGAUCUUGAAGAGUCACAGAUGGGUUGGGGGCUGUCUUGUGAGUGGCACACAUUUUCUUACCUUCAAGCCAAUAAGUUAUCAUGUCUCCUU